AUGGACACCGUCUCAGUACCCAGUCUGAAGGAUCUCACCAUUGAGAAUAUCACCGAGAAUGUCCACGCCAUAAACUCGCAAUGUUCGGAUCAGAGACUGAAGUUCUUGCUUGAAAGAACCGUCUCACACCUCCACGAUCUUGCACGAGAGACGAGGUUGACCACGGAUGAAUGGAUGGCUACUCUCUUGUUCUUGACCAGAGUCGGCCAGAUCAGUUCAGAUGUCAGACAGGAAUUCAUCUUGCUCUCUGAUGUCCUCGGUCUUUCUCUUCUCGUCGACUCAAUAGAUCACCCCAAGCCAGAAAACAGCACUGAGGGCACCGUGCUCGGACCCUUUCACACACACGAGGCCGAGCACAGCCACAACGGUGGUAGUAUCUCUCAAGACGCAGAUGGCGAGCCCUUGCUUGUUGUUUGUACCGUCAAAGACGUUGACGGCAAUCCCAUCAGUGGGGCCAAGGUAGAUGUCUGGGAGACAGAUUCGAAAGGGUUCUACGACGUCCAGCACGCCGACAGAACCGGUCCAGAUGGAAGAGCGGUUUUGACCAGCGAUAGUGUGGGAAAUUUCUGGUUCAAGGCCAUCUUGCCUGUGCCCUAUCCGAUUCCCCAUGAUGGACCAGUUGGAGGUCUGCUGAAGAAGCUCAACCGCCAUCCGUACAGACCAAGCCACAUGCACUUCAUGUUUGACAAAUCCGGAUACGACCCUCUGAUCACCGCGCUUUAUCUGAAAAAUGAUCCCUACGAGUCGACCGACGCAGUGUUUGGUGUAAAACAAUCUCUCAUUGUCGAAGUUGGAAAGGUAGACGAUAAGGAUCAAGCUGAAAAGUACGGUGUGAAGACAGGGACGUCGCUGAUCACCUAUGACUUUGUCUUGGUGACUGAUGAGGCUGCCAGGAAGUUGCGUCGCAGCAAGGCGGAAGAAGCAAUGAAUAGCCAAGGGCGUAAGGUCAGAUUCAUUGAUGAUCUCCCAGUACCAGAUGUAGAUUGA